AUACCUUUGGAUGUAUGGGCAGCAUGAGCAAUGAGCAUGUUUAUGUUUAUUUAAUGUUUACGUCUGCAGUCUAAACAGUGUGUUAAGCACUCAUUGUUCUUCAGCCUAUUUUAAUGAGACGGUUUGUUGAACAAUGCAAAUAAAAGAUUUAAAAAUGAUGUUUAAUAUUAUGACUCGAUCGUUAAGUACCGGCAACUCAUGUUGGAGCUCGACAAACAAAACUUUAUUAGCUAAAUUGAGGAAGAAAACAGGUUAUACGUUCACCAAUUGUAAAAAGGCUCUGGAACUCCAUAACAACAACAUCGAAGAGGCAGAAAAGUGGCUGAAAGCUCAAGCUCAAGCAUUAGGUUGGUCAAAAGCAACAAAACUGGAAGGAAGACCAACUUUACAAGGGCUUGUUGCCCUUACUGUUGAUGGAAGAAAUGCUGCUAUGGUGGAACUUAAUUGUGAGACAGAUUUCGUAGCAAGAAACAAAAAUUUUGUGUCUUUGGCCGAGUUAGCUGUGAGAACGUGUCUAGAUUUUACAAAUAAACAAUCUACUAUCCAACAAGUGACCAAGAUGUGUCUGGACAAUGAGCGACUGAAAACUUUACCAGUAAAUGAUGGCAAGACCUUAGCAGAUCACUUAGCUCUUUUGAUUGGCACUGUUGGAGAAAACUUGGCUCUUCGUAGAGCUGUUUGUUUCCAUGUCGGGACAGAUGUGAAACUGGCAGGAUACGCACACCCAGCUCCACCACUGGAUACAAGAAUUCUCUUAGGCAGAUAUGGUGCUAUCUUAGCAUUCAAGCAAAAUUCACCACCUUCAUUGGAGGGGCUACCCAAAGAGCAUAUUGGGAGGCAAUUAUGUCAGCAUAUAGUUGGCAUGAAUCCUGAAAAAAUUGGUGAAGUUGGUGAGGAUACACCAGCUGAAAAUCCUGAUGAUGAGCACUGCAUGAUAUUCCAAGAAUACCUCUUGGACCCAUCAGUAACUGUCAACCAAGUCCUUGGAGAUAGUGGAAUAUCAUUGUUAGAUUUCACACGAUUUGAGUGUGGUGAAACUUCAACUGGAGUCAUUCCACAAGAAAAAGAAGAGGCAGUAGAAAUUGGUGGCUGAUAUCGACAGAUAUAUUUCCAUGUUUAUAAUCUUUUUAUGGAGCCAUUUCUUCUGCACUGUAUAAAAUUGCCUCAAAGAAGUUAAAAAGUGUUGCAUUGUUGAUGUUUUCAUUAAAUGAAGAAAGUCAUGUAACAUGUUUAA